AUGCGAAUGGUAUCAAGUGAUCAGCUACUACUCAAUUUGUCCUCAGCUCCUGCAGCAACAUUUGUUGGGAAAGAACAAACCUUCCAACCACUGAGUCAUGUCCAUAUCGUACCAGGCCGAAGCGGCCGUAGCACGUACCCCGCAACCUCAAGCUACAUCUUUCCCAGCUUCGCCAAUAAGAUGGGAUGGAGCUCGCAUUCCACUCUCCUAAUCAUCGAUUGCUGCACCGCAAACUGGACACCUGGAUCUCUUCUCGAUGUCAGCGCCGACCCUGCCUCAGCCGCAUAUCCAAACUCCAUGCGGCGUCAGCUAGCUGGUACAUGGGGGAUCGGAAGUUCCCGAAGUAUGGAGCAAAGUGUCAUAAGGGCACAAGGAAAUCUGCUGCAGGUCUUUUUUUUCACAAGAAGGCUGAGCUGUUGA